AUGGCAUUUGUGUUUAGAAGUGAAGUUAAACCAGCAUACAUUCCAAAGACUGAAAAUGUAGGGCCUGGAUAAUAUGAGCACAAUUAGGAAUCAGAAUCAAAACAAAAUCUAUAUCCAUUUAAUUCAACGGUCCAAAAAUCCACUAACCAAAAUUAAAUAAUCAAAGGACCAGGACCUGGGACUUAUAAUUUAUAAGGAUCUUUUGAAACUUAGAAAGUUAUCUUCUCAUCAGAUGAAUAAGAAAUCAAGAUUUUGGAAGUGCCUAAACCAAUAUCUGUAUUCAGGUCAAGUACAUUGAGAUUUAAAGAGGAGCGAUAAAAGGGACCAGGGUAUUUCAACUUAAUCUACUAUUUUAGUCCUAAUCAAUAUUUUAUAGAAGAACGCAAAAGGUUCUAUUAAGCAAAUUAACCAAAUCCGAAACCUAAAAUAAAUGUAAUGGAAUAGUUAGUGAAAGAAAACAAAUAUAUUAGUAUACCAUCCAUACCAUCUAAUUAUCACCUUGGAUACUAAGAAAACUCAGGUUAAACCUUCUCUAAUUCCUAGAAUCAAUUUUAGAACAAAGUAAUGCUUUGAAUUUGUCUUAAGAAGUUGGACCAGGCUCUUAUGAUGUCAAAAGUAGUUUCAGCAACCAAAAACCAAGAGGAGUUUCUUGGCAUAAAUCCACUUCAAAGCAAAAACACAUUGAUACUGAGAACAAAGUUGGACCUGGCUAUUAUGAUAUUAUUACUAAUUCUUAGCCAAUGUAUCAAAUGAAACCAACAACUUCCUUUAGUUCUAAAUUAAGCAGAUAAUCAGAAUUGAAAUUUUUAAAUCCUAAAAACAACUAAGGAUACAUCAAAAAAGGAUUAGAUAAUAAAUCAUAUAGUUUUCAUCUUUCAACUAAUUCUGGUACUACAGCUAGAGAUUCAGACCUUGAAUCGGAAUAUAGUUAUAUUGAAGUAUCAUACACAUCAAUAAUAGGAUGCGACUCCAGGACCUGGUUACUAUGAAAAUGCUUCAACCCAAUAGACAAUAUCCUAAAAUCUUAAAUAAUCUUAGAUCAAAGGUUCAAUAAGAUCGAGGGCUAAAAGAUUUCUAGCUAAAUCAAAUUAAAUACCUGGUCCAGGAAGCUACAAAGUAGAUGUAGUAUAGCAUAAACACUAAGUUACUUAACCACCCUUUUUGAUAGGCAGAACUCGUUUCGAUGAUAAAACAUCAGAGACUCCUCCUCCCGGAAAUUAUAAAGUAAUCAAUACAAUGGAAGAAAGAUUAAUAUCAAGAUUGAUAAAGGCACCUUUAGGGUAGUUUGGAGCAAACGAUAAUAGAUUCAAGGAUCCAAAGAUGGAUGUACCUGGACCUGGUACAUAUGAAAUAAUGGAUGAAGAUAGAAGAAAUAAAUAUAAAAACGGAUUGAAAGGAACAGCAAGCUUUUUAAGUCAUAUCCCAAAAAUUUAAGAGUUGAUUAUUGCAGAUAGGAAUCUUUCACCUGUGUCAUAUCAGGUUGACUAACAUACAAUAGAAAAAAGAAUAGUCAAGACAGAAGAGGAUAAUCCGAAAUUAGCUGUAGUGAAGCCUCCUUUUGGUGUAGCGGAGGAGAGAUGGAAAAUCAAAGAGGAAAGUGAAGAAGAUGAUGAUGAACCUAUAUAUAUGAAUAAAUCGUAGAUUAAUUCAUUUAAUUUAUUCAAAAAGAGGAAAAAAGAUUAGCCUCCUUUUUUGACUAAGGUUUUUAAUUUGUUAAUUUAUUAUAAUAGGAGGAAAGAUUCGCUUUCAGUGUGCCAAAAGAGUUUCAACCAGGACCAUCAGAUUAUGCGGAUGGAACUUUCCCCCAUUGGAAUAAGAGAACUUUUAAUCUCUUAUUCGCAGAAAUUUGA